GCUCUUUAACAGCGGGAGGGGUGUUGCGAUGUGGGUGUUGUCCAGUGUGGAUGAGAGCGCGGCGUCCUCUGUGUGGGUGACACCGCCUUGUUAUAUUCAGUGCAGCAGCGACAGCCAACGGCGGCUGCUAGCUAACCUCAACUUCCUCCUGUGAUAAGUCCGUUGCCUCGCUGAACCGUUGUCUUCUCAGUAUUUGUCUGUACAAGCCUAGCCAGCCAGGUUACAGAGAGAGUAUCUGCAGCAGAGGACUGGGAAGGAAACACAGGAAGGGAUUUCCAAUAAUCACAGCAAGACUGAGAGGUAGUUUGCAGGACCUUUCAGAGGAUGGACUAAUAACCAAAAAACAAGCAAACAAACCCUGAAAAACUGAGACACAUUAAGAGUCCCCCUUUUAGUGGGGCCCGCGGGGGGCCCUCAGGCAGCAGGAAUGAUGCCGGGCACCAAGCAGCCGCUCUGGUGCCUCUUGUCGCCAUUACGUAGCCGCCAGGAGCGAGUGGUGCUGACCCGUAGUGAGAGCAUGCCGGGGGAGCAGGUGCUGAAAAUCACGGUAACCGAGACUACGGUGAUCGAGGCAGAGUCCGGGGUGUCCAACUGGCGCUCCAUGACCUAUCUGGGUCUCUGGUACUUCUUCAGCUUCUGCACCUUGUUUCUGAACAAAUAUAUACUGUCGCUGCUGGAAGGAGAGCCCAGCAUGCUCGGUGCUGUUCAGAUGCUCUCCACCACCGUCAUAGGCUGCUUAAAGAUGUUUGUCCCCUGCUGUCUGUACCAGCACAAGUCCAGAAGCGAGUAUCCUUCCAACUUCGUCAUGAUUAUGCUUUUUGUCGGACUUAUGAGGUUCACCACAGUGGUUCUGGGCUUGGUGAGCCUGAAGAAUGUUGCCGUGUCAUUCGCUGAAACAGUGAAGAGCUCUGCGCCCAUUUUCACAGUCAUCAUGUCAAGGCUGAUCCUCGGGGAGUACACGGGGCUGUGGGUGAAUCUGUCCCUGUUCCCAGUCAUGGCCGGCCUGGGCCUCUGCACAGCCACCGAGAUCAGCUUCAACAUGCUCGGCUUCUCCGCUGCUCUCUCCACCAACAUCAUGGACUGCUUACAGAAUGUAUUCUCCAAAAAACUGCUAAGUGGAGACACGUAUAAAUUCAGCCCUCCGGAGCUGCAGUUUUACACCAGUGCGGCAGCAGUCAUCAUGCUCAUACCUGCCUGGCUGUUCCUUUUGGACAUCCCCACGGUUGGGAAGAGCGGACAGAGCUUGAUCUUUAGUCAGGACAUCAUCCUGUUGCUGCUUUUCGAUGGUUGCCUCUUCCACCUGCAGAGCGUCACUGCCUAUGCGCUCAUGGGAAGGAUUUCUCCUGUUACCUUCAGUGUUGCCAGUACUGUUAAGCACGCCCUGUCUGUGUGGCUGAGCAUCAUUGUGUUCAGCAACCAGGUAACCAUUCUCGGCGCCACCGGGACCGUCCUCGUGUUCAUCGGGGUCUUCUUGUACAACAAAGCCAGGCAGUUCCAGAGAGCAACCUUACAGGCUAUGGCUGCUGAGCAGAACCACAAACCCCUUCUCCACGACCAGGACUUCAAAGCCUCUCAGUCUCACUGAGUAGCCCGCUCUUAAAGCUGCAGUGCUGCCUGAAAUAAAUUGGAAGCAUCAACAGUUCACUCCGGUUCAAGAGCUGCCGUCUUUCAGGGUUCCUUCAGUGUCACUGUUAAAGUAAACCAUUUGAUGGCUUGAUGAGCUGUGGGUGUGUGACCAAGCUGUCAGCCAUCAGUCAUCCUGUGGAACAUUCUCACCAGUAUUUCUUUGUACCUGACCAGAUUACCACUUUAAGCCUUUUUGAUCCUUUGUUUGUCUUUUAUUGGUCAGUAAAAGGAAACUCAGGGUGUUUUUCCUACAUUUGCAUUCCAUUACAUGCUAGUUUUUCUCUCAUCUGUGGUAUAGCAGCUACUAAACGCAUGGGAACUGCAAAACUCGGAAGCUGUAAGAUUUUAAAUUUUGUGGUGAUGUUAAUCUUCAUUGUAUAAUCCAGUGUAAAAUGUAUCUUGAUAGCGUCUGAGUGUAGAAUGUAUGAAGGGCUCCAGUUCCCGAGGUAGGAGGCCUUUUUUGAGGCUUGUCCAGCCAAAGCUUAAGACUGCUUUACACGUUAGUAAUCCAUGUGUAAAACACUUGGAAGCCACAUUAUUGCAUUCUGAGAAUGCUCAUCCUCUAUAAAGUUAGAGCUCCCCCCCCCCCCCUCUUUUUUUUUUUUUGUGUACACAAAAAGCUGACACGACCUCUGAUCCAUGCUGGGAUGGCAGCCCUGUUAAUCUAAUCAGGAAAAGAGGAUUGGAAGGAGGAAUAAAUGGACAAGCUGCUGUUUUUAUACAUUUAUAAUCUUUUUGAAAAACUGUUUAUUACAACUUGGGUUUUAUUACUGUAGUUCUUGCCAAUGGCUCUCAAGCUUUGUGUCCAGCAGUCAGCUGUAUUUUUAUUUAUUUUUUAAAUAAACUGUAAAAUCAGCACUUGAGGGGUUACUGUGAGUGUAACUAUGUUACUUUGAUCACGUGGUUAACAGACGUUUAUGCAUUUUCUUGUUAUUUUUGGUGAUUUGUUAAACAGAAAUGAAUUUUAAACUGAAAUAAAUUAAACACUACUUAAUAAAAGAACCACAGCUGCGGUAGUUUUCCAGAACCUCUUUGGUGGGCACCGUAUUUUGUGUGUGUCUGCUAAUCAUCUGCCGUAAACAUGGCAAACUUCCUGGUUCAGCUCUGCUUGCUGCAGUUGUAAACACUCGGUUCUCUUAUGUGGUGACAGAAACUUGUAAAUGCUCUCACUUUUGAUUGUUCCUCAAACUAAAGGAAUUAUUUACCAUAUGUGGAAAACGGCUGAUUGUUUCCAGACGUUGUGUUUUUCUGUGUGGAUCUCUUCUUGUAGAACUUACUCCACAUUUUGCAUUUCUAGCACUUAAAAAAACACAAAUGACAAAAAUAAAACCCAAGUUGCAGUAAAAACUAAAGUCAUCCUGUGCUUGUCACUACAGAUUUACACAAUCUGUGUUCCUCUUUCUGUCCUCGCUGCUUCCAAUUUCAGCAUCCAACUUGAAAGUGGAAGUUUCUCCACCGGUCUGUAGAAAGUCGCUCUGACCAUACCCAGGACAUGUCUGUCAUAUUCAUUUCCAGUCUGAUGGUUUUCGCUGUGCCUCGAGAAGCAGCUUUUCUUCUUCUCUUACAUGUUUGUGGUCACAGUUUAACCAGAAGAGCUGCCUGACUUGAACUUUUUGUCUUUACAUUGAAAACCUUUUUUUUCCUCUCCCCUGAGUGGGCUCUGAUUAAACGUUCAGAUGUUAAGAAUUAAUCUUUUUGUACUAACCUUCCACUUUGAGUCUUUGAAAUGCUGCUUCAGGAGGCAAUUUUGAACAUGCAGAUGUUUUUUUUUUCAAUCUGUUGACCAGGUUCAAAGUGUUGAGGUAUAAAUGAGCUGUGUUUGGAACUGUGCAGAUCAAAGAUGUAAAAAUUUUUGCAGAGGAUGUAAAAAUGUUUGAUGGACACUGUGCAGAAGAUUAAAGUAUUUUCUUUCAUUA